AUGUCUUCCAAAAACCGCCCUUCUAUCCCUACUCUUGAAGAGAAGCACAAUGGCGUCCCAGCGCGUCUGCUACACAAAGCAUAUCGUGCGAAAGGCCUCAUACAGGAUAUUGCUACGAAGGAAUCCCGGGCUAGAAAUCGUUUGCCCGUGCUACCACAGGGAAUUGAGAAAACUCGUUUUUUCCUUGCGAUUGAUGAAAUAUCGAGAGAUCUGGGCAAUGAUAAUGUCGAGAUCAAUGAUAAACCACUGGAUGACGGCUGGUAUAUGGAGCCCCCCAAUACACAUGACGGAAUGGCUAUCACAGAUGAGGAAGAACUGGUUGCUUCUGCAGUGAUCUAUCCGGGUAGUACAGAUGAUGUACAAAGUAUUGUACAUUGGGCAAACAAAUAUCUUAUCCCUCUGCAUCCCAUUUCAAUGGGACGUAAUUUUGGUUAUGGUGGAGCCGCACCACGCGUGCGUGGAGCCGUGGUUGUUGACCUUGGGAAGCGCAUGAAUAGGAUUCUCGAUAUCAAUCCAGAUGACUGUACUUGCUUGGUCGAACCAGGUGUCUCCUACUAUGCACUUUACGAGGAAGUGCAAAGGCGCGGGUACAAGAAUCUGUGGAUUGAUGUUCCUGACCUAGGGGGUGGGUCAGUGCUAGGAAAUGCCCUUGAUCAUGGGGUAGGGUAUACGCCUUACGGCGAUCAUUGGGCAACGCAUUCCGGCCUCGAAGUUGUAACGCCGACUGGCGAGAUAGUUCGGACAGGGAUGGGUGCCCUACCAGGAAAUAACACUUGGCAAGUUUUUCCUUACGGAUUUGGACCUUUUCUUGAUGGCAUGUUCUCGCAGUCAAACUAUGGCAUAGUCACUAAAAUGGGAUUUGGCUUGAUGCCCAAUCCGGGUGGUCAUGAAAGUUUCCUGUAUACUUUCAAAAAGGAAGAGGAUCUCGAGCAGCUUGUGGAGAUUGUACGACCUCUACGCAUUGCUAUGAUUCUAGAGAACGCGGCAAAUAUCCGCCAUGCUUUGCAAGUUUUGGCUUUGUCUGGAAAGCCUCGGUCCACAUUCUACGAUGGGAAUGGCCCUUUUCCUAUCAAGAAAAUGCACGAGUUUCUUCAGACUCAUCCUUAUGGCGAAUGUACCUGGCUAUAUUAUGGCACCUGCUACGGGCCGAAGGAAGUGCGCAAGUUGAAGCUAGAUAUCAUCCACCGUGAGUUUAUGAAAGUGCCAGGGGCACGUCGUAUAGAACCGGCGAAGCUACCUCCAACAGACUAUUUCUGGUCCCGCGACAGGAUUUCAAGUGGGGAGCCGGACCUCGAAGAACUUGCCUGGGUCAAUUGGUGGCCAAAUGGUGGACACGUUGCGUUCAGUCCAGUAGCGCCUACUCGUGGGGCCGAUGCACUACGGUUGUGGCAUAUGGCGAAGGAACACUGGGCUAAAUUCGGGCUGGACUUUUUCUUUGAUUUUGUCGUUGGGCUCCGUGAACUCCAUCUUAUUGUCGAAUGUGUGUAUGACCGCGAUGAUUCCAAACAGCGAGCAAAUGCACUGGCGGCAAUGAGAUCCCUCAUUCAGGAAGCAGCUGAGAAGGGAUAUGGUGAGUAUCGUACGCAUUUACUUCUGAGCGAUCAGGUCGCUGGAACUUACUCCUGGAACGACAAUGCGCUCAUGAGAUUGAAUGAAAAGCUCAAAGACUGUCUUGAUCCCAACGGAAUCCUGGCGCCUGGCCGGAGUGGCAUCUGGCCUGCAAGAUACAGAGGAAGAGGUUGGGAAAUUCACGGAGACAGGAAGUCAUCCGAGGGUGAUGGAGUAACCCCGCCCCCAGCAUCCACAAAGCUUUGA